AUGGGGAGGGGGAGGGUGGAGCUGAAGCGGAUCGAGAACAAGAUCAACCGCCAGGUCACCUUCGCCAAGCGCAGGAACGGCCUGCUCAAGAAGGCCUACGAGCUCUCCGUGCUGUGCGACGCCGAGGUCGCGCUCAUCGUCUUCUCCAACCGCGGCAAGCUCUACGAGUUCUGCAGCACCCAGAGCAUGACGAAGACACUCGACAAGUAUCAAAAAUGCAGUUAUGCAGGACCUGAAACUACUGUGCAGAACAGAGAAAAUGAGCAACUGAAAAACAGCCGCAAUGAGUACCUGAAACUAAAGGCACGGGUUGAUAAUUUACAGCGAACACAAAGGAAUUUGCUUGGUGAAGAUCUUGAUUCCUUAGGCAUAAAAGAGCUCGAGAGCCUUGAGAAGCAACUCGAUUCGUCCUUGAAGCACAUUCGAACAACAAGGACACAACAUAUGGUUGACCAAUUGACAGAACUCCAGAGAAGGGAACAAAUGUUUUCAGAGGCGAAUAAAUGUCUUCGAAUAAAAUUGGAGGAGAGCAACCAGGUUCAUGGGCAGCAGCUCUGGGAGCACAACAACAAUGUACUGAGCUAUGAACGUCAGCCGGAAGUGCAGCCGCCGAUGCACGGCGGCAAUGGAUUCUUCCACCCCCUUGAUGCAGCUGGUGAACCCACACUUCACAUAGGGUACCCUCCUGAGUCCCUGAAUAGCUCAUGCAUGACUACUUUCAUGUCCCCAUGGUUGCCUUGA